AUGUUGGCUGAUUGUUUGUUGAUUAUCGCAAUCGCUUUUGGAACAGCUUUGGCUGGAGAAGGAAUCACUUGGUUGUUGGUUUAUCGAUCGGAUCAAUAUAAGAGACUUAAGGUAGGGGUUUUUGGAGGGAAAAAAUUGGGAAAUUUAUGAAAAAUGAAUUAUUUUGAUAUAAAAUUCAUCAGAAAUCGUGGAUUUUGGUAUAAAAAAUCGAAUUUUCAAGUGAAAAUUUGAUAAAAAAUAUCAUGAAAAAUAGACAAAAUUUGCAUUUUAUUUUGAAUUUUGAAUUCAUUAAAAUUUCAGAUGAUUUCUAAUAGUAUAGGCUCAAAAUUGACCAGAUUUUGAAGAAAAAAAACUUAUAAAAAACAAAAUUUUCUCCCAAAAAUAUUUAUGUAUAUACAUUUUUUGGUUAGAAAUUGAAAAAUAAUUAAAAAAAAAGUGAGAAACUUUUAAAAAUUUCAAAAAUGAUUUCUCUUUAACAAAAUCCCGUAAUUAAUAUUUAAUCAAAGUUUGUCUAACAUGAGUAAUCGAAUUUUUUUUGAGAAAUUCUGUAUUAAACUUUUAUUCGGGGCUUUUUCCCAUUCAACCAUUUAAUUUGGCUCCUCUCAAAAUUCCACGAUAAUAUUUCAAAAAUUGUUUUUGCGUAUGUCUUUUUGUUGUUGGUGGUUGAGUUGUUGUAUAGUAUUUGUCGAAUAUUUCGGGUUCCCAAGAAUUAAAUCCCUUAUUCCCGGAUCGAUGUUGAUUUCCUAAUAAAUCGACGCAUUUUAAAAUUGAGAAAAUAGUCAGAAUUUCGAGAAUUUUCAUUGAAAAUGAAUAUUUUGAAAGUGUUUCUCAGGGAUUUAUUGCUUGGAUCAUAAAGACUGGGAAAACGAACGAAAAAAUGUUUUUUUAACAUCGAAAGAUCAAUUCACGAAAAGUCAAAAAAUAUCGAAAAAAAUUUAGUUUUUCAGCCAAAAAUGAUGGCAAAUCGAUAUUUUUCAAGCUUCUGGAGGGAUUUCUGAUGAAAAUUGACCUUGGAAUUCACUUUCCAGAAGGUUUUGCUUUGAAUUUCGAAAAAAUUCAUAAAUUAAAGCAAAAUAGGGUUCUCGGUGCUUAUUUUCAUCAGAAAUUACUCCAGAAGCUUGAAAAAUAUCGAUUUGUCAUCAUUUUUGGCUGAAAAACUCGAAAAAUUUAUUUUUUGACGAAGAAAUUAGGAGAUCUGUUAUUUUGUAGGCUUAAAAAAUCAGUUUUUUUCUUGCAAAACUUUAUUUUUCAUCAUCAAAAGCCUCAAAAUUGCCCGUCUCUUGACAUUUUUUCCAAUUGAUAUCUAAAAAAUUCUUCAAUAUUCAAAGUUGUCGGAACUGGCGGUGGAGUUGUUGUAUAUCUCUCAGGAAACAUUUGAAGUUCCCAAGCACGCGGUUCAUUCAUACCAGGCCGAUAUUGAUUUCCCAUUGAUUUGAUCGGUUGAAGAAUUGUGAAAAUUGUUAGAAUAGUUUGAAAAUUGAACAUUUUCUGUUAAUGGGCGAAUCGAAAAUUGAUGAAGUAGCCGAAUUUUUUCACAUUCAUCAUAAAAUUCUAUGGGAAAAGUUCUAUUUUUAGAAUCUAAAAAAUCAAUACUUUAUUAUCUGAGUUGUUGUGUGAGGUUCGGUCAAAAGUGGUCCCAAAUCAAAAUAUCGUGUUGUUGUAGGCUGUGGAAUCCAACCAAGUGAAAUUACACUUUUAAAUAGGAAAAGUGUGAAAAUAGAGAGAAAAUUGGAUAUUUUCAUGAUUUUUUUGAAGUUGGAAUGAAAUUGGGCAGCCUUUUUGUAUUGCUGGUUUUUCUCAUGAAAAAUUUGCCACGUUUCAUUUCAAAGUUUUAGUUCAAAAAAUCGUUGAAAACCAGGAUUUUUGAAAAGGGCUGAUUCACGAACGAAAAAAUCUUUUAAAAUGUUUUUUUUUAACAUUGAAAGAUCAAUUCACAAAAAGUCGUAGGUCAAAAUUAGUUUUUCGAGUUUUUCAGCCAAAAAUGAUGACAAAUCGAUAUUUUUCAAGCUUCUGGAGUAAUUUCUGAUGAAAAUAAGCUUCGGGAACCCUAUUUUGCUUUAUUUUAUGAAUUUUUUCGAAAUUCAUCACGAAAAAUCAGCAAAACCUUCUGGAAAGUGAAUUCCAAGGUCAAUUUUCAUCAGAAAUUACUCCAGAAGCUUGAAAAAUAUCGAUUUGUCAUAAUUUUUGGCUGAAAAACUCGAAAAAACUAAUUUUGACCUACGACUUUUCGUGAAUUGAUCUUCCAGUAUUAAAAAACAUUUUUUUUUGUUUUUUUUCGUUCGUGAAUCAGCCCUAAAGUUUUAGUUCAAAAAAUCGUUUGCAAAAUGCCAGAAUAAAACUUUAUUCAAACCCAAAACAAAAUCAAUAUCUCGGUUUUCCUCCUGUACUCCAUAGCCAUGAGGAAAGUGUCCCUCUGAGCUCAAUUUGGAGAUUCCUUUGAUCUUUGACCUUUGAACUGUUGAACCUCUUGGCCAAAUGUUCAGCAAUAAAUUGUCUAUGUGAACAAUUUCUCAAUAUAAAAUGCCCCGAGAGUUCACCGCCUUUCAAAAAUAAGAACCAUGAAUAUUCUCUCAAUCUUCGUCUUUGCCAUUUUCGCCGUUUCAACUAGUUUUGGAAUGACACCUAAGCCUAGUCUACCAAAUAUUGCAUAUACCAAUAAACCAAGAGAGGAUCAAUCAAUAUUUCCAUUUUGAUAAUAAAGUUUCUUGAUUGCAAGGCAUACUUUGAAAGAGCUGAAAGUUAGAAGAUGUGAUUUUUGGCGCGAAAAAAAUUUAUUUUCAAUUUUUUGCCACGUGGAUUUUUAGCGCGAAAAUUCGAAUUUCAAAAUUUUGGUUUGAAUAUUCGCCACUUUUCCGAAUUUCAUGAAAAACCGGAAUUUUCAGCUGAAAUUCCAGAUUUUCAGCUAGAAAAUCAAUAAAUCAUAUAAAAUUGUCCAAAACAUGUUUCUGGUCCAAGAUAUCAUGAAAAACCGGAAUUUUCAGCUGAAGUUCCAGAUUUUCAGUCAAAAAAUCAAUUAUUCACAUGAAAAUGGUCCAAAACAUGUUUUAGGUCCAAAAUUUCAUGAAAAUCUCAAAUUUUUCGAAUGAUUGAAUGAAACUUUAUUGAAUUAUUAAUUUAAUGGUUCUCCUCCGUCAGCUGAAUUGUAUUUACCAUUUGGGUUAUCGGCCAAAGUUGCACCAAUGAGAAUAAAGACGAUUGCAGUGAAAGUUGAGAGAAUAUUCAUUUUUUGAUGAUGAUUCUAAGCUUUCAGCUCACCCCCUUUUUGUAUUGAGCAUUUUUCACAUGGUAUUUUAUUUGUCUGGAAAUUGGUUAUAUUUUUUUCAAGCUUUCGGCUUGGUUUUAUGGAUUUUUUUGUGGGAAAAUUUUGAUUAGGAUUUUUGAAACAGUGAAUUUUUGGAAGGAAAAUUCCUGGUUGAUCCGGGGAAAAUUACGUUUCAAAAUUCUUGAAACUAGCGAUUUUUGCUCAACCUCUUGGUGCAAAAUCGAGGCAAAUUUGAGGCUCAAAAUUGCGAUUCUGGAAUUUAUCCUGAUGUUGUUUGAAAUGUUUGAAUUCUAAAAUUUCUCGGAAAAAAAAUUCUUCAAAAUUUUUACUGUUUCAAGAUUUUGUGAAUAAAAUAACAGAAAGCGAAAAAUUCCGUUCGUCGCAAUAUUUUCGAAUUUUUUGAAUUAAUUCAAAUUCCCGGAUUUCAAUUAAUCCAUGUUUCCAAAAUCUAUCCAAAUUUUAGUUCAAAAAUUCAAUGUUCAAACGUCAAUUCCAAAUCUGAAAAAUAAAUGUCUGUGAGAAAAAUAGAGAAAAAUCCUUCCAUAUAAAAAAAAAUCCCUUUGGAAUAUCCCAAAAAUCAAAUCAAAAUUUCAAAUUCUUACUCAAAAAAUGAACAUUUUCUCAACUGUCAUCUUCGUCUCUUUGGUUAUUUUUGCAAUUUUUGCCAAUGCUGAAGUUGAAAAGAAAAAUAUUGGUCAAUUUGCCAUAAAUUCUCGAAUUGAAUAAUUUUUUGUGAUAAUAAAAGUUGAAUUUUUGAGCUCUUAAAAUAGCUGAAAAUUUAGAAUUUCCAGAAAAAAUCAACCUAAAUCUAUGAUUUUUCAGGCCGAAAUGGACAAAAAGACAAAGAAAUUGGAGAAAAAGAAGCAGGAAGUGGGAGAUUCGGCGGACAAAAACACAAAAAAAAAGUUGGAACGAGAAGAGGAACGAUUGAAGGCCACAAAUCGAGAUAUGAGCAUGUUCAAAAUGAAAUCGAUGUUUGCAAUUGGUAAGCAACCUUUUUGGGAAGAAAAAAAACCCGGAAAAAUACGUUUCAAAAUUUAUGUUAUUGUUGAAAAUCAAUAGUUUUCUUGCAUUUAAAAACAAGAAGAUCACCAGGAAAAUCUUUAUUUUCUCUACAAAAUUCGACACUUUUUCAAUUUUCCGGCUUAUUUUUCACCUUUCGUCAAUAAAAGUACCAAAAUAAUUGCGAUAAGCAUCAAAACGAUCCAUUUGUUGUCCUCCUCUUUUUUAUUCGGUUUUUUCUCCGAACCCGAGUCUUCUGGAGUCGGAGAUGGACGAGUUUGGAGUUUUGAGUCGGCGCUGUAGAAAAUUCACGGGUUUUUGAGGUUUCUGAUGGAUUUUGAGUGUGAUAUCUCUCUGCUUCGGAUGUGAGUUAUGACGUGGCAAAAUAGGUGAUUUUAUAUUGUUUUGCCACGUCAUAACUCAUUUCCAGACGGGAGAAAAGUUGAAAAAUUUCACUGUUUCAUGGGUUUUAUGAGGUUUAUUCUCUAAUCUUUCAAAAAAUGAUAUUGAUUUAACGGCCUAUGUAGAAUAAUAUUUUGUAAUAAGAAAACAUAAAAAAUAUUUUUCCUAUGCAGAAAAAUGCCGAAAAAACAAAAUAUACAGUUUAUUAUUUUUGAGUAGAGACAAUGUGAAAUUGAGAGAGUGCAGGCAGUUUUUUGUAUUUUUUGUGCUAGAAAUCAAUUUUUGCUGUCUGCACUCUCUCAAUUUCAUAUUAUCUCUACUCAAAAAUAAUAAACUGUAUAUUCUGAUUUUUCGGCGUUUUUCUGCAUAGGAAAAAUGUUUUUUAUUACAAAAUAUUAUUCUGCAUAGGCCCAUUAAUUUUUCUCAUGCUUUCUUUGAAAUUAGCUAUUUUCACAAUUAUUUGAGCAUGUAGAAUUUUUUUUUUUUGAAAAAUUCAACUGUUUCAAGCGUUUUAUAAGAUUUUUGAUUCUUCCCAAUAUUUUUCCAAUUUCUCAAAUUUAACCAGAUCUAGUUAUGACGUGGCAAAUUGUACAUUUUUUUUGUAUGUUUUGCCACGUCAUAAUUUGAGAUAAUUCAUAAUAAAGUCUAGAAAAAUCCACUGUUUCAUGGGUUUUAUAAUGCUCAUUUUCAGUAUUUUUUUGAAUUGGCCAUUUUUACAUGAGCAAAAUUUUUUCUAUAAUUUUUGAUGGCUUUUUUUUCGUGGUUUCUUUUUUGUCCCCAUUAAAUUCGGUCAAAAAUUAAAAUUUCUUGGAAUUUUUCACUGUUUCAAAAUUUCUAUGAGGUUUCUGAUGGGUUUUAAGGGAGAUAUCUCUGAUUACUGCUUUGCCACGUCAUAACUCAUUUUCAGACGUGAGAAAAAAUUUAAAAAAUUUCACUGUUUCAUGGGACUUUUCAAAAAUAAUAAUGUGCUUUCUUUGAAAUCUCAUGCUUUCUUUGAAAUUAGCUAUUUUCACAAUUUUUUUGAGCUGAAUUUUCUUGAAAAAAUUUUUUCGAAUCUCAUAUUUUUCCAAUUUCUCAAAUUAAACCAGAUCUAGUUAUGACGUGGCAAAUUGGACAUUUUUUGGUAUGUUUUGCCAUGUCACAAUUUGAGAUAAUUCAUAAUAAAUUCAAUAAAAAUCCACUGUUUCAUGGGUUUUAUGAGAUUUUUCUGGUGGGUUUUGUCGUGGUUUAUUUGUUUUUCGUAUCUUAAAUAGAAAAUGUGUGGCAAAAUUCCCAGUUUUUUCAAAAAAUGCUCAUUUUUUAUUUUUUGGCCAAAAUUGUUUUUGAAAAAUUUCACUGUUUCAAGGUUUUUAUAUAAUUUUUGAUGGCUUUUUUCGAUCAAUAAUAAAAAUUUCUUGGAAUUUUUCACUGUUUCAGGAUUUCUUUAAGUUUUCUGUUUGGUGUUAUCGUAGUUCUAAAUAAAAAUCACAGGAAAAAUAGUGUUUCAGAAUUUCAGUAGUUUCUUGGCUCAAAAUUCUUGAAAAUUAAUUUUCGAUUCAUUUUUUGAAGAGAAAAUUUUUUAUGAAUUUUGAGCUCAAACUUUUGGCAGCUGAAUUUUUUGAAAGAUUUUGAAAAACUCUAAUUUUUGAGAUUCAAAAAAUUCCUAAAUUUUCAGGAAAUCUAAAUUUUUGAACUGUAAAAACUGAAAAAUAAAACUCACUGUAGGUCAAAAUUAGUUUUUCGAGUUUUUCAGCCAAAAAUGAUGACAAAUCGAUAUUUUUCAAGCUUCUGGAGUGAUUUCUGAUUAAAAUUGACCUUGGAAUUCACUUUCCAGAAGGUUUUGCUGAUUUUUCGUGAUGAAUUUCGAAAAAAAUCAUAAAAUAAAGCAAAAUAGGGUUCUCGAAGCUUAUUUUCAUCAGAAAUUACUCCAGAACCUUGAAAAAUAUUGAUUUGUCAUCAUUUUUGGCUGAAAAAAUCGAAAAACUAAUUUUGACCUACGAUUUUUCGUGAAUUGAUCUUUCGAUGUUAAAAAAACAUUUUUUUCGUUCGUGAAUCAGCCCUAUAUAUCAAAAAUCAAACUCACUUCGUCUCACUGGUAUCUUUUCCAACGGCAUCCAACAAAAAGUUGUUCAAUGGGUGGAUCAGAAGCAUCGCAAGUCUUUGUCGAACUCACUCUCGCCACCAAUCUCGUAUUCGUCGGCGCCUCAUCCGUCUGUUUUUGUCCAUUGUGCAAAAAAUAGGUGCUCAACAAGAUUUUGGGCAACGCCACAUCUUCCCACUGAUCCUUAUUAUCCGGCAUUUUCCAAUUCAACAUUAUACGCAUCUGAGAUUUCGCUGAAAUGUGUCCUGAACUUGCUGGCAAUGCUGACACGUUGGAUUUGGUGUUGCAGCGAAGUUUGGCGAAAAUAUCGCGAUCUGAGAUGUUGCAGAGGAGAAGUUGGACACGGGCGACACGUGGAUUUGUGGAGAGCGGUUGGAAUGUGAGAACGGUGGCGUUGAGAUGAUUGAGAGAGGCGGAACCGGUUAGAGAACGACGGAUUGAGAGAGUUGUACGGUUGCGACUACGGUCUGAAAUUCGAGCCCACUUAGUGAGGUUUUGGCGCGAAAUUUGGAGCAUUUUGAUAUCCCAUGAGCCUAGGGAAGAUUACUGUAGGUUUUGGAGCAAAAUUUGGAGCAUUUUGAUAUCCCAUGAGUCUAGGGAAGAUUACUGUAGGUUUUGGAGCAAAAUUUGGAGCAUUUUGAUAUCCCAUGAGUCUAGGGAAGAUUACUGUAGGUUUUGGAGCAAAAUUUAGUCAAAAAAUGUCGAAAAAACAUUAGUUUUUCAAGUUUUUCAGCCAAAAAUGAUGACAAAUCGAUAUUUUUCAAGCUUCUGGAGUAAUUUCUGAUGAAAAUAAGCUUCGAGAACCCUAUUUUGCUGAAUUUUAUGAAUUUUUUCAUCAAAAUCAGCAAAACCUUCUGGAAAGUGAAUUCCAAGGUCAAUUUUCAUCAGAAAUUACUCCAGAAGCUUGAAAAAUAUCGAUUUGUUAUCAUUUUUGGCUGAAAAACUCGAGAAACUAAUUUUGACCUACGUUUUUUCGUGAAUUGAUUUUUCGAUGUUAAAAAAAAAUUUUUUUUCGUUUCCUUUUGAAACUAUAAGCUUGUUCACUGGAUUUUUGAAAUUUUUGAAAUUUUCACCAGGAUUUCUGGAGUUUCUGGAGUUUUAGACUUGGAUUUACAAAGUUCUCGAAGUCUUGAAACCUUUUCGAACUAUUUUUGAAUUUUUGAUUUUCGAAUCAGAUCUUAGAUCUUCUGAAGAUGUUCCGAUUAUGAUCAAAUUUCUGAGGAAAUCUGAAUUUUUAUACAAAAUUCCAUGAACUUCAAGGUUUCCAAUGAAAAAUUCAAGAUUUUCCACCUAGAAAUGUUCCUGGCUCAUAAAUUCCUGGAUCUUCUCCGAAAUCCUCUUCACAACUCACUUUUCUUCGGUUUUGUCCCGGUAUUCGCUGUCGAAACCGACGAUGUUGCUGUAUUCGAAUGCAAAGUAUCGCUGAACUCUGAUUUCGGCAUCGGAAGUGUUUCUUUUGUUGUAGCUUCUCCUUUUUUCUCGUCAGAUUUAUUGCUAUCACUAGAAGAUUUGUUACAUAGUGUAUUUAUUAGCCAAAGAAGAAUUGUUACCGUACCUUUUUAAUAAGUUAGUUUUGGAUGACAUUCUCUAGAAUUCGAAUUAGGUAAAGCAAGCUGCAGCGUAAAAUGAGGGGAUUUUGAAAGAGGCGGGGAAUUUUAUAGGCGGGAAAGUGGGACACGUGAAAAAAAAGAAAAAAAAAAUUAAUUUUGGAGGUUUUCACGUUUUGAAAUUUGUUUGUGAAAGGAUUUUUGUGAAGGCAAAAAAAAUUCUCGAAAAAAAAAUUAAAAAAAAAAAAUUCUCGAAAUUUACUGUUUCUGGAAAAUCCACUGUUGAAAAUUAGAAAUUUCACUGUUUCUAGAAAAAUCAAAAAACAAUUUUUUACGUUUCAAAAAUUUAUUAUAUGUAAUUUGUCUAUUGCAAAGAUAGUGGUUUUUCUCUUUUUUCUAAUUAAAAAUAAUUUCAACAUUUUUUUGGCAUAAAAUCUUCAUGUGAAGAAGCAUAAGGGCUGAAAAAAAUGUUUUUUUAACAUCGAAAGAUCAAUUCACGAAAAGUCGUAGGUCAAAAUUAGUUUUCCAAGUUUUUCAGCCAAAAAUGAUGACAAAUCGAUAUUUUUCAAGCUUCUGGAGUGAUUUCUGAUGAAAAUAAGCUUCGAGAACCCUAUUUUGCUUUAUUUUAUGAAUUUUUUUCGAAAUUCAAAGCAAAACCUUCUGGAAAAUGAAUCCAAGGUCAAUUUUCAUCAGAAAUUACUCCAGAAGCUUGAAAAAUAUCGAUUUGUCAUCAUUUUUGGCUGAAAAACUUGGAAAACUAAUUUUUCGAUGUUAAAAAACAUUUUUUUCGUUCGUGAAUCAUCACAAAAUAAAAAAUGCAUACAUUCUUCUCUUAGGUCUUGCAUUCACUGCUCUUCUCUCAACUUUCAACUCGAUUUUCGAAGGUCGAGUCGUCGCAAAAUUGCCAUUUCAUCCGAUUGGAUUCAUUCAAGGAUUGUCGCACAGAAAUUUGGUGAGUUCUGGAAAUUUUCAGAUUUUCCCCUUAAAAACCGAAUUUUCAGAUUGGCGAUGAUAUGACCGAUUGCUCAUUUAUUUUCCUCUACAUUUUGUGCACAAUGACUGUUAGACAAAAUUUGCAAAAGGUGGGGAGUUUUUCACUGUUUUAAAAUUAAAAAAAAAUUAUUUGAAAAAUUUUACUGUUUCAGAAAUAUUUUGAAGUCUUGUUCCUGAAUUUGAAUUGAAAUUUCUAAAACUUAUUUUUGAACAAUUUUUAUCCUGAAAUUAAUUCUAGAAUCUUAAAAAUUCACUGUUUCAAAUAUUUUCUAAAUUUCCUGGACAAACAUUUUAACUUUAGAAUUUUCUACAAAAUUUUCAAAAUCAGCUUCUUUUUUUUGGAUAAAAUUUCACUGUUUCAAUAUUUUCUUAUUUUAUGGAAAACAUGUUUUUUUCAAUGAACUGUUCCCACGCACUUCGAAAAAAUUGUUUGAAGAAUUUUACUGUUUCAGAAAUAUUUGAAAAUUUCGAGCAUGUUCCUGAAUUUAAUGCUUUUUGGAAAUUUCUGAAACUUAUUUUUAAACAAUUAAAAAAAAACUGAAAUUAAUUCUAGAACCUUAAAAAUUCACUGUUUCAAAUAAUUUCUGAAUAUUCUAAACAAACAUUUUUAUCGAUUUAGAAUUCUCUACAAAAAUUUUAAAAUCAGUUUUUUUUGGAUAAAAUUUCACUGUUUCAAUAUUUUUAUGGGAAAUUGGUUUUUUCUUUCUUCUCACUUCCAGAAAAUUUUUUUGAAAAAUGUUACUGUUUCAGAAAUAUUUUGAAGUUUCGAUCUUGUUCAUGAAUUUGGUGUUUUUUGAAAUUUCUCAAACUUUCUUUUAAACAAAAAAAACAUCUGAAAUUAAUUUUCAGAAUCUUAAAAAUUCACUGUUUCAAAUAUUUUUUUGAAUUUUCUAGACAAACAUUUUUAUCGAUAAAUAUCUUUAACCAAGCCAAACUCAUCAAAUAAAAUUAAAGGCUCAAAUGAUUUCUUUUGUAGAAAAAUCUCACUGUUUCAAAAAUUAUUCAAUUUUAUGGAAACUAUUUUUUAACACUACGUGAACAGAACAGUGAACAGUUGUCCGCCAAGAUUUUGUUUUCAACCCUAAAAUUAAUUCCAGAUUCUCGGAUUUGCUCCAUCUCGCGCAAUGGCUCGUCAACAAUCAAACAAUCCAUGGGCUCCACAACAAUCUCAAAUGAACUAUUUGAGAUAA